AUGUGCACAACUUCUUCUAUAUAAAGUCCACCAAACUCAAUUUCUUCUCUCUAUCAAUUCUUCUCUUUCUCCCAAAAAGUCAUUCAGAAAAAUCCAGACACACACUGUAGCCAUGGCGUUGAACAAUGGCCUGCCAGCCACCGGCAACGGUCUCAUCGUCAGCUUCGGCGAGAUGCUAAUCGAUUUCGUUCCCACCGUCUCCGGCGUGUCCCUGGCGGAGGCACCGGGCUUCCUCAAGGCCCCCGGCGGAGCCCCGGCGAACGUCGCCAUCGCCGUUUCUAGACUCGGCGGCAAAUCGGCCUUCGUCGGCAAGCUCGGCGACGACGAGUUUGGUCACAUGCUCGCCGGAAUCCUUAAGGAGAACGGCGUCCGGUCCGACGGCAUAACCUUCGACCAAGGCGCACGCACUGCUUUGGCCUUCGUGACUCUACGCGCCGACGGGGAGCGUGAGUUUAUGUUCUACAGAAACCCCAGCGCUGACAUGCUUCUUCAACCCGAAGAACUGAACCUCGAACUCAUCAGAUCUGCAAAAGUUUUCCAUUAUGGGUCGAUAAGCUUGAUCGUGGAGCCAUGCAGAUCGGCACACCUGAAGGCAAUGGAAGUUGCCAAAGAGGCUGGUUGCUUGCUCUCCUAUGAUCCAAACCUUCGUCUGCCGUUGUGGCCCUCGGCCGAGGAAGCCCGAAAGCAAAUACUCAGCAUAUGGGAAAAGGCUGAUUUGAUUAAGGUCAGUGAUGUGGAGCUUGAGUUCCUCACCGGAAGUGACAAAAUUGAUGAUGCUUCUGCUCUGUCAUUGUGGCACCCCAAUUUGAAGUUACUCCUUGUCACUCUUGGGGAGCAUGGUUCCAGAUACUACACCAAGAAUUUUCAUGGAUCAGUAGAUGCAUUUCAUGUCAAUACAGUUGAUACAACUGGCGCCGGUGAUUCCUUUGUUGGUGCUCUACUGACCAAGAUUGUCGAUGAUCAGUCUAUCCUUGAAGAUGAAUCAAGGUUAAGAGAAGUACUCAAGUUUGCAAAUGCAUGUGGAGCAAUUACAACUACUAAAAAGGGAGCAAUCCCCGCCCUUCCCAAAGAGGAGGAUGCUCUCAAACUCAUCAAAGGGGCAUAAAAUCUCUUGACCCAAGUACUAGCAUGGUUUCGUUUUCUUCCCCCAUGUUUCACUUUUCCUUUAGAUUUGAUGACUAUCAAUUUAAGAGGAAGUUUGUCUCCAGUUUAUUUUGUAUUUUUGUUUUUUCCUGUUAUGCAUUGGCGGCAAGAUCACUUGUUUUUCAGCCAAAUAAUGCUUUCUUUCAAGUUUUGAGAUUAGUGAUUGAAUGAAAAUUCGAUUCAUGAGCUC